AUGUUAUUUCAGCUUCUGUUUAUAUUUUUUGUACUGAUAUAAAUAAGUGAGUAAACUUGCAGGACUGAUGAUUGUUACAGCUGUUCUCUCCAUAAAGAUUGUUGUAUUACAUGUAAGUGCUAUAGGAGUUAAAAAUUUUAAAGAACAAUUGAUACAUUCGGAUGUGACUAUAAAAAAUGUGAUAAAUAUGAUGAUGGAAAAUGCUAUUCAUGUGUAGAUGGUUAUUAUUUACAGAAUUCCAUUUGCUAUCUAUGUACUUACCCAUGCAUUGAAUGCUAUAGUAGUACCAAAUGUAAGAAAUGCGCAUCAGGAUAUAAAUUAAGCAAUGAUAAAUGUAUCUAAUGCACUGUUCCAUUAUGCAAGGAUUGCGAUAGUAAUUCAAACUAAUGUUCUUAAUGCGUAAAUAAUUCAACUUAUGAUUCAUUUAUUCCAGCAUGUGUAUGCAAUGCGUCAUACUUUUAAGUUAGUGGGUAAUGCAAAUAAUGCAUUUCAAUAUGUGGGACAUGUUCAGGUUCAUAUAAUUAUUGUGCUACAUGCAAAAGUGUUUCGAAUAUGUCAGCAACUCCAAUAAAUGGAGUAUGUAGUUGUAUAACUGGAUAUUAUUGGAAUCAGAGCAAUUCAUAAUGUAAUUAAUGUACAGCACCAUGUCUAACAUGCGAAGAAUAAGCAACGUAAUGUACUUCAUGUAAUGAUGCAUCACUUAUAGUGAAUGACGAUAAUGAAUGCACUUGUCAAAUAGGAUAUUUUAGUUCCCCCAAUGAUCCUUAUGUAUGUGAGGUAUGUUCCAAAAAUUGCCUAACAUGUGCAGAUAUCAGUAACAAGUGUACAUCAUGCUAUGAAAAUUAUGAAUUAAAUGAUGGCAAUAAUACUUGCUUUUGUCCUGAUGGAUUUUUUGAAAUAAAUAACACAUGCAAUAAAUGUGACACAUUGUGCUCUAAGUGUUCCUCUAAUUCAGUGUGCACAGAAUGUAUUGACAACCAGUUCGUUAAAUUUUCAAAACAGUAAUGCACCUGCAUGGAUGGAUAUUAUUUUGAUGCCAUCUAAACAACAUGUCUAUAAUGUGAUUCAACGUGUAAAACAUGUUAAUCCCAAAAGGAAAUGUGUAGUUCUUGCAGUUUAGAAUCAAAUAGAAUUCUAAGUGUGAACAAGUGCAUAUGUAAACCUGAAUAUUUUUUAAACGUGAAUCAACUUUGUAUCUCCUGUAAGUCUAAAGAAGCUAUAGCUAUUGAAUUUUGCGAGUAUAGAGAUUGUGCUGAUGGAAUGUGGUCUUAUGGAGAAGAAUGUGAUGAUGCAAAUUAUUCAUCCAGAGAUGGUUGUUACAAUUGUCUCAGAGAGCCCUAAUAUUAUUGCAUUAAUGAAAUUUAAAAACCAUCUAAAUGUUUUAAAUGUCAAGAACAUUGUUCUAUUUGUGAGUAUGACUACCUUAACAAAAAACAAGUUUGCAAACUAGCUAUCGAUGGAUACUACAUUGAAAAUUCUAUUCAAAUAAAUAAAUGCGCAGAUAAAUGUUUGCAUUGUUAAUCAAAUGCUAGUCAAUGUACCAAAUGUAGAUUCCUUAAUAUAAGUAAAUCAAAUAUCAAUUGCCAAUUAUGCGAAUAUAAAUAAGGAUAUUAUUCAGAUUAUGAAAAUAACUCUUGUUAUUCUAAAUGUGGAGAUACAAUCUUAGCUGAUGUCGAAUAAUGUGAUGACGGAAACAGGAUUAAUGGAGAUGGAUGCAGUGAUCACUGCAUUUUAGAAAAGAGUUUCGAUUGUAUAAAUGGAGUUUGUAGUAAAACCAAGAACCCAAUUCCUUCAGGAUAAGAAAACAAGAUUUAUGAUGUGUAUACUCCAAAGAGGUAAGUCCUAGUGAAGUAUGACUAAGAAUUGAAACUAGACCAAUAAUUUGACAUCAAUGAUCAAUUGUACAUCUCACUGAAUUAACAAGCCAAUAUUAACUACAUUAUUAGAACAAAUGUAGAGUUCGAAACAAAAAAUCUAACCAACUUUUCAUUUACCAUUGACUUAGAAGUUGAUAGAUCUAUAUCAAAUGCCAGUUUAAUAAUUAAAUACUUAACACCUUCAAUAUUUAAAAAUGCUCAAAAUCAAUCUUAAGAAAUUGAAUUUAUAGAAGUUAAAAUAUCUGACAUCGUUAUUAUUUCGUAAUCAGUGUAAGGAUUGACGACGGCUACUGUUAAUAGUUCGAAUUACGUAAUCUACGGUUUAUUAGCUUUGCUGGGUUGUGGCUUGGUAUUAGGUGGUAUUGACAUCUAUUUCAACCUCAUUGAUACUCUGUAAUACUUAUCGUAUUUGUAUUACAUCAACACCAUAUUUCCAUAUAAUGUAAACUAAUUUUUUGAAAAUCUCAGCUUUGCUUAGUUCACAAUAGUUUAAGAUUUCAUAAAACUUGAUAAUAUCUUUGAAUAUGACUUGGAGUAUGAUUUAGAAUUUCAUUCAAUUACAGUUCCAUUCAAAAUUAGAAAUUAAGGUAUGUACUCAUGCUUCAUUCUUAAUUUUGCAUCAAUUUUCUCUUUGUUCCUUAUUGGCCUUGCAUUUUAUAUAGUAGCCAACAUAAUAACAAUUAAAUUGCUGUCUUCUAAAGAUGAUUUGUUACUCUAAAAUGAUUCUACUUCAAAUAUUCAAUUGUAUUUUCUUAAACUUUAAACAAAGUUCAAACACUUUACUUUUUAAUGGGCAUUAAUUACGAUUAGGGAAUUCUUUUAUAGCGAUCUGUUAAGAAUAUUCAUGACGACUGCUAAUGAAUAUAGUUUUACAUUAGGAUUAGGCUUAAAAGGACUAGACUUCAGCUCUACAUUUGGAUUAAUUAAUUCAACUAUUACAUUUCUUUUUUUGGGUAUUUACAUCUUAAUAACAUUCCUAUCGUUCAAGAUUGUGGAUCAAAAAAGAUUUGCUAUUAAGGAGACAUAAUACAAUAUUAAAUUUGGAUCUGUCUUCUAAGGUGUUUAAAUAGCAAAAUAUUAGAAAUUGUACAAUCCAUUUUUAUUGAUAAAAAAGUUCCUCUUUAUGACAUUUUUAAUUUAUCUUUAUGAUUACCCUAUAAUUUAGGUGUUGUAAGUCACUUUGUUAAGUCUAGUCACUGUUUUCUUUUAGAUAUUUUACUCACCUAUCACAGAUAAACUAGAAUUGAUUAAGUAGAUAAGUUGUGAAAUUUCAUCUUUUAUAAAUUCAUUGUUGUUCACUAUAUUUUGCAUCAAUGAUCUUUUGAAAUUCUUGAACGAAAACUAAAAGUUGAUUAUUGGAUGGGUAGUUAUAUCGAAUGUCUUAACAGGAUUGUUUAGUUAAUUAGUAAUAAAUACUAUUUAAUAAUGGAAAUAUCUCUAUUAUAAAUUUUAAUUUAUAAGAAGUACAGCUAAUUCAUGUAGUCAACUAUGCAAAUCAAAGUUGCAGUCUACUUAGGCACCUCAUGAUGUAUUUUUGUGA